AUGGCUUCCGCAGUCUUUAUAUUAGACCUCAAGGGCAAAGUGCUGAUAUCCCGCAACUAUCGUGGUGAUAUUCCCAUGAGUGCUGUGGAGAAAUUUAUGCCCCUGAUUUCAGAAGCAGAAGAUGAGCAAGUUCCUUUACCUUGUUUUACGCACGAAGGAAUCAACUACCUUUACCUGAAGCACAGCAACCUUUACUUACUUGCGCUGACGAGAAAGAAUACCAAUGCCGCGGCUAUUAUGCUCUAUCUCCACAAACUUACUCAAGUAUUUGCGGAAUACUUUAAAGAAUUGGAAGAGGAAUCUAUUAGGGAUAAUUUUGUUAUCGUUUACGAGCUAUUGGAUGAGAUGAUGGAUUUCGGCUACCCUCAAACCACUGAAACAAAAAUUUUACAAGAGUACAUCACUCAAGAUGCUUACAAGCUGGAGGUUCAGGUUCGACCUCCAAUGGCAGUUACCAAUGCAGUGUCGUGGCGUUCUGAGGGUAUCAAAUACAAAAAGAAUGAGGUCUUUUUGGACGUUAUUGAGAGUGUCAAUUUAUUGGUAAACGCAAAUGGCAAUGUUCUGAGAAGUGAAGUUCUCGGGGCUGUGAAGAUGAGAUGUUAUUUGUCAGGCAUGCCCGAACUCCGUUUGGGAUUAAAUGACAAGGUGAUGUUUGAAGCAACAGGAAGAGCAAAUACCUCGGCCAAAGCUAUUGAAAUGGAAGAUGUCAAAUUCCAUCAGUGCGUUCGACUUUCUCGGUUUGAAAAUGAUCGCACCAUUAGCUUUAUUCCCCCAGAUGGUGAUUUUGAAUUGAUGAGCUACCGGCUACAGACAAGUGUGAAGCCUUUGAUUUGGGUAGAAGCUGUAGUAGAAACCUAUUCUGGAUCUCGUGUUGAGUAUUUGGUCAAGGCAAGAGCUCAAUUUAAGCGCAAGAGUACAGCCAACAAUGUAGAAAUUGAAGUACCAGUAGCUGACGAUGCAGACACACCCAAGUUCAAGUGCAGUAGUGGAUCUGUGACCUACAAACCUGAACGUUCUUGCCUGGUGUGGAAACUCAAACAAUUCCAAGGUGGAAAAGAAUUUAUCAUGCGUGCUCACUUUGGGUUGCCAUCUGUUCAAGCUGCCGAGGAAACAGAGAAGAAGCCACCGAUUAACAUCAAAUUCGAGAUUCCUUACUUUACUGUCUCUGGAAUUCAAGUAAGAUACCUCAAGAUUGUGGAAAAGAGUGGAUACCAAGCACUCCCUUGGGUGCGCUACAUUACUCAGAACGGAGAUUAUCAAAUGAGAAUGCCCGAGAGUAUCAAGGCGAACAAGCAGAGCACGUCUUCUUACUAG